UCUGGAAAUUUCGUUAAUUUUUGCGUGAGACUGACGGACUGGAGAAUCAAUGUGGUGUUCGCCGAAGAUACGUGUGGCCCGAAACUCACCUAAACGUUGACACGUCUUGGGAGUGAUGCACUGGCUUCCCCUGGUUGCCAUGGUGAUCGCCUCGGCCCUGCCUUUCCCUCAAAGUCCUGUGCCCAGGCUUGUUGCCGCGACGAUAGAGCCUGGCAGAAACAACAGCAACAGCAGCAGCGUCCCGACAACCAACAUCAGCAUGCCGACCAACUCAUCAGUGGACAACGACUCCCACAACGCUGUUUCUCUCAAUAACUACAGCACACAUGACAAAGCUCCUCACAGAACAGUCGACAAGCAGAGCACAUUUGAGGAGGACCAUAUAUUCAAAGGUAGAGCAAACCAAGAGAAUCUUCUAACAGAAGACAUUUUUGUCAGUAACACAAAGCAGGACUACACAGGUGGAGGUAGGACUACCGGAGCAGAUGCCUCCAGGCCGCAUGAUCCUAGGAAAUACAAAUCACAAAAAAUACUGGCGGGAAAAGCCAGUUCCGAAAUCAAUGAUAUUCUUAACGACUAUCAGCUUGAACGUAGCCAGUUUCAUGAAGAAAGCAGUAUUGAGGAAGCGACUUUGCUUAAAGAGGACAGGAAUGCAAGAAGUAAACUGAAAGACGGGCCUCUUGAAGGUCCGAAGCUCUCUCUCCAGAGCUCUCCAGUACAGGAACAUCUGGACGAAGCUCCAACAGAAAAGGAACCAGGCUUUGGGUUUGAUGACAUAGGCCUACGAGAAGAAGAUCAGCUGCUUUUGCUGGAUGCCCAUCCACGGGUACUUUUCUCCCCAGCCCUUUCCCCACCCAAACACCCACCUUUGCUCCUAAUGCUGGAGUUGGGCUUAUUGGCCGAUGACGUUGAGGACGAGGAAAGCCACAUGAUGGAUGCUACCACAUCCGGUCACGGAGGCGACAAAGAAUCAUACAGGAACUUACUCUUGGGUCUGUCUGAUUCUGACGGCCACGCUCCAAGCGUCCGCCGCAAGCGGCAAGCCGUCCACAGCACUGGCAUCGAACGCUCCGUUUGCGAGGCUGAAAGCGGGUGGGUGACCAACAAGAAAACCGCGGUGGACUUUCGGAGUAACACCGUCACUAUUCUAGAAGAGAUCCAGACCCAAACUGGACCACUCAAGCAGUAUUUCUACGAAACAAAGUGCCGUAAGCCAGAUCCGAAUAGGAAAGGUGAAGUGCAGGCGGUGGAGGGUGCCGGCUGCUUGGGGGUGGAUAAGAAACACUGGAUGAGCAGGUGCGAAACCAAACAGUCGUACGUACGUGCGCUCGCCUCGGAUGAAAACAAGAGGAUAGGAUGGAGGUGGAUCCGUAUCGACUCCUCUUGCGUUUGCGUGCUGCUCACUAGAGGAACGUACUACACUGAGAAGAAGUUGGAGAGAGAGCGAGAGCGAGAAGGCAGAAGGUACAGAUAGCUUGGAUUGUCCGAACAAAGGAUUGACACGGAGUUGAAAGACCAUGUGAAUAAAAGAGCGUUUUAGGGACUAUAUCCGUUCUGGUCCACUGCGAGGGGGAUAUUACUUUUCCAGAUGUUCCUGCAUCUCACUUGACAAAACCUUAUCGCUGUACCUCAGUGUCCCGCUGAGGGAUAGUCAUGAAAAUCUCCCUCAUGUUGCUCAAAACCUGUAUGAUUUAUUUUCUUCUUUUAAACACAAAUGAACACAGUGGUAAGAUUUGUGGACACUAAGUCACUCUUAAACAUUAAAUUUCAUUGCAUUAGAUACUGAAUAUCAAACCUAUAUUUUACUCCCGCCCAUGUCAUCCAAGAUGUUCAUGUCUUUCUUUCUGCAGUCGAAAAGAAGUGAAGGUUUUUCAGGAAAACAUUUCAGAUUUUUCUCCAUAUAGUGGACUUCAACAGAGAUCAGUGGGUUGAAGAUCCAAAUUGCAGUUUCAAUGCAGCUUCAAAGGUCAAGAAAUAAGGGUCUUAUCUAGCGAAACCAUUGGUCAUUUUCUAAAACAAAAAAAAACAAAAAUUGAUAUACUUUUUAACCACAAAUGCUCAUCUUGCACUAGGUUGAUGCAUUAUGUAGUCAUGUUGGAAAGGUCAUGGGUAAAAUAUGUGGGAGUCAAAAAACUUUACAAAAAACAAAACAAAAAAGCAAUUUGGACCUUCAACCUGCUGAUCCCCAUUGAAGUCCACUAUAUGGAGAAAAAUCCUGGAAUGUUUUCCUCAAAAACCUUAAUUUCCUUCGACUGAAGGAAGAAAGACAUGAUCAUCUUGGAUGACACAGGGGUGAGUAAAUCAUCAGGAAAUUUUUAUUCUGGAGGUGAACUAAUCCUUUAAGGAACGGAAGCUCCUAUCCGUGAAUGGAGAAAUACUGAAACCCUAGAAAAUAAUGGCCAAACUCACAAUUGACGCUUAGCAAACAGCUUGUUUGACAGGUGAUCUGACCAAUCACAACGCCGAAUCCGCCGUUCUGUCCGACAAACAAAUCAGACAGGAGAGUAGAUUAACUACAGUGGACUUAAACUUGAAACAUUGUUUAUUGACGUCUUUCCUAGGUUGAAAUAAAAUAUGUUGUGAUGUUCAUUCAUGUUUUUUUCAUGCUUUAAGUAAAGAAGAAAAGAGGAUCGGUUCACGUGUCAUUGAUCUAAUAAGAAAACACGAUCGUCAGGACACAUUAAAGAGCCACAAAACCGUAUUUAUUGUUUGAAUUUCUUGAAAAUGACAACCAGUUGUUUAAUACCAGAAGUAACCUGCUCUGUCCUGUCUGUCGCCUUUUUGUCAGUUUCCUCUGUGAUCCACGAUUUAUUUUUCACUGUGUCACUGUGAUGUGUAGUGUAAGAGUGGUAUUGUUUGUCGGACAUAGGCAUAGCAACAGUAACGAAUGUGGGCGGAUUUUUGCGAACGGUCAAUUAAAUGGCAUAUUUCAGCAAACAAAUCUGCUAUGAACUGUCGCUUUAAUGCCGUUUCUUAAGCUAAAAUAGCGGUAAAAAAAGCUUAUAUUUAAGGUUGGUCCUGCCCAUGUGCCGUCUUAAGCGCGAGUCUCAUAUAUUAUGUGUGAAACAAUAAUAAAUUACUAGAGCUGCCAUUUUUGUAUGUUGUAGUUUUGGCCAUUUAUAACAAUACAAGUAAACUGUCUUUGGUAAUACACAGACGAUACCCCAAGUCUUCUCAAGUCAUUUGAGAAUGAGGUUAAUUCACAUUUUUUUCUAGGUGCGUUCACUGUAACUUAUUGGGUGUUUCAUGAAACAGUAUACGGGUUUGAAGUGAUAUGAGGUGACGAUGAGUUCCUCCACUCUGCUGUCAUUCCUUCGGUCCAUAUCCACGUCUCACUAGGCCAGUGUGUAAACUCACACAAACAACAAAACCUCAAUACCAAGAUGGAUUUUUUUCAUACUUUUUUCGUAUAUUGUUGCAUUUGUUUUAUUGUAUCUAUAGUAUACAGACAAUAAGUUAUUACUUUUGAGUUAGUAUGUAAGCGUACUUGAUAUUAAUAUAUUUCUUUAUAAAUGUACAAUAUGUGAAACAUAUACAUCAUGCGAAUAUAUGUGUAUUUAUAAUAACCACAAACUGAUCAGCAGAAUUUGCCUCUUCGGUUUCAGUGUCAGCUACGAUUUGACUCGUGUACUGUUCCCUCAGCAAAUGUUACAGAAAUACAGUCAAAAAAUGAGCGUUGGAUGAACUGUAGUCCAAUUCCCUGGUUACUGUAUUAGAAAGCUGUGGAAGUCAGUACACAGGUUUUAAUGUCAUUUUUCACAUGGAGUCAUUGUAAUAAAGUAUUAUGUAAUCUUUGUAAGGUAGAUACUUUUGUAUAUGAUUUUUUUUUUACAAAGUAGAUGGAAGAGCGAGAGGGGCUUUAGUGAAAUACAAAAUGGAAUAUAUGAAUAUAUGAUUGUAGCUCUAUUUG